GUCUGCAGUUUGUGAACCCGCACCACACCGGAGGCAACGUUGAUCAAUUGGGACUUGGCGGCGGGCGAAGCCCUCUCCCGUUGCAGCCCAUCGGCACAAGCCUGCCACAAGAAGGAACGAAGUAACGAAACCUUGGGCCCGGGCGCCGGUGCGGCGGGGGGGGGGGCGCUUGACAAGCCUGCCACAAUGGAACUUUGACUCUCCAAGUCCAGUUCCAGAGCUUAUUAGUUUUUGCGGAGCUUGGGAUGGAUUUCUUCUCUCUCUGGCUCGAAACAUGUAUGCUUAAGAGGAGUUGCAGGAGGUUUAUGAGUUCUUUGAUUCUCUCAAUUGGGAUUUUUGGCAGUAAUGUUUGAACGUUCCUCUAAGCUUCUGCAAAUUCUUUGGGGCAGUAAUGAUCAAAGAUGACACCAAAGAGGCCUCGUCUAUGUACUUUAUUCUUCUGCAAGGACAACAAUCGACCCAGAAGACCCAGAAGAACAUUAACUACAUAUCAUCUCCAUGCUGAACCUCUGAACUUAAAUCCAUCAUCACUGGCUGAAGAACACAUGACUCAUUGUUUAUCUUUAGCAGAGCGGCUCAAUAGGCGAGGCCUGGUUUCUGCUGCACAGGGAGUCCUCGAGCGCAUCAUCAAGCAUUCAAUGUCGAAGCAACCUUUAAUCAAUGCUAUAAACUUCGCGCUUUUGGGUGGAUUGCAGUUUAAUACACAAAGCUGUAGCUUAAUUCUGCGGAAGUUCCUGUGUUUUGGUCAGCCCCAAUUAGCUGCAGAGUUUUUCGUUGAUAAAAUCACAAGCAGAGGUAUUUUUCCCACCUCAUCAAUGCUAAACUCGAUGAUUAUAUGUUACUGUAGGAUAGGAAAAUUAAGGGACGCAAUUAUACAUUUUGACCAUCUCAUUCGAAUGGGUUAUUUCCCUGGCAAGAAAGCUUGCAGUUUGUUACUUCGUGAGCUCUGUAAACAGGGAAGAUUACAGGAGGCAUUUGAUCUUUUUGUCCAAAUGUUUCGGUCUGGUGAUCAUCCGGUCUUUUGGUGCUAUAAUCUUCUGAUUGAUGGGUUGUGCUUUGAGGGAAACUUAGAUGAAGCCCUCCAAGUAUUCUACUUAAUGCUCCAGUCAGGAACUCGUCCCACAGCUCAUUUGUACAAAUCAUUGCUGUAUGCUUUUUGUAAGAGUGGUCAAGUUGAGGAGGCGGAGUUCCUAUGUAGAGAAAUGAGGUUGCAGGGCCUCCAUCCAGAUCGUGUGUACACUUCUCUUAUUUAUGAUUGUUGCGAAGAAGGUAAUAUUGAGAUGGCUAAGGGUCUUUUUCGAAGAAUGCAGGACACAGGCUGUGAACCUGAUGUUUAUGCUUACAACACAUUAAUUUAUGGACUUGUUAGGUCAGUUGAUUUUGAUUCUGCAUGGGUGCUCUAUGAACAGAUGAAGGGGAGUGCAUUGCAACCUAACGUGGUGACAUACAGCAUUCUGAUUAGUGGAUACUGUAAAGAUCUGAAGCUAGAUUGUGCAAUGACCCUUUUUGACCACAUGGAUGUGGCUCCCAAUGUGCAUUGCUAUACAUGCUUAAUCUCUGCCUUCUAUAAGAACAAGCGGCUAGCAGAUGCUGUUGAACUGUUUAAUAGGAUGCUGGAUAGUGGCAUCACUCCUGAUCAUGUCGUGUUCUUGUCUUUAAUCAAGAACUAUUCAAAAGGCCAUGAACUUCAUCUGGCUUCCAUGAUUUUGACAGCUAUGGCUAAGAAUGGUUGUAAUAUAGAUAGUGAUCUGUUUUCAACCUCUUCUACUUCUGGUCCAAGCAAGGAUUUGGAGCAUAAUCUUGAGCUUCUCUUUAAUGAGAUAUUGACGAGCACCAUGUUUCCCUCCAAUUUGGCCUUUGACAUUCUCAUAAUUGCUUUGUGUGAAGGGGGGAAAACUGGUCUUGCAUUGUUGUUCAUGGAUAGGAUGCUCAGUUAUGGAUGCAGGCCUUUGCUUUCUACUUACAAUUCCUUGAUCAAAUGUCUUUUCCAAGAGGGCCUGGUUGAGGGUGUGAAGUCCAUCAUAAGCUUUAUGCAGGAUCAGGGCGUAUCUCCCAACCUAGCCACUUAUUUGAUUAUGGUGAAUCAACACUGCAAGUAUGGAGAUUUGGUGUCUGCCUUUGAGCUCUUGGAGCAGAUGAAUGAGAGGGGACUGACUCCUAGCGUUGCUAUUUAUGACUCAAUUAUUAGUUUUUUGUGCAGAGAGAAAAGAUUGGUAGAGGCUGAGACAGUUUUCAUGGGAAUGCUUGAUGCUGGUGUGGUUCCAGAUGAACAUGUCUUUGGCACAAUAAUUAAUGGCUACUCUAAGAGUGGAAGAGCAAUUGAUGCUUGUCGUUGGUUUGACAGAAUGAUGAUGGAGUUUGGUAUUCAACCUAGUUCUCAUUCUUACACUGCACUGAUAAAUGGACUUAUCAAGAAAAACAUGACUGAGAAGGGAUGUCUAUGUCUUGGUAAAAUGUUGAAAGAUGGGUUUGUGCCAGAUACAGUACUUUACACCGCUCUAAUAAACCAGUUUUGCAGAAAAGGAGAGGUUGGCUUUGCCCUUAGCUUAUUCAAUCUCAUGAAGAGAAACAAUAUUGAACCUGAUCGAAUCACGUAUCUUUCAUUGAUCAGUGGUAUUUGCAGAAACAUCUCAUUUAGGGGUAGAAGAUACCGUGAUAUAAGAUUCCAAAUAUCAAAGGAUAGGCUAUACUGUUUGCUUGAUCAAAAAACCUUAAUGCCAAGAGACGCUUAUGAUUCCUCUGAAGAAAUUAAUUUUUUAGGAUUAGCAUUGAAACUAAUACAAGAAAUGAAAGCAAUUGGGCUAGUUCCCAAUUUGUACCACUAUAAUGGAAUCAUAACAGGUCUUUGUCGGGCAGGUAGAAUGCAAGAUGCAUUUGAUCGGCUUGAGUUGAUGCAGAAAGAUGGCGUGAGACCCAAUCAGGUGACUUACACCAUAUUAAUUGAUGGAUAUAUCAGAUCUGGUCGAAUGGAUCAUGCUAUAACAUUAUUCAACAUGAGGAAUGCGGAUGGUUUUGUUCCAGAUAACGUCUCAUAUAACACGAUGAUUAAAGGUCUUUGUAGGGCAGGAAGAGUACUUGAUGCUUUAGCACUGUCCUUUUCAAUGCUUAAGAGGGGCUUUGUACCAAGCAAUGUUUCCUAUGGGAAACUAUUAUACCAUCUUUGUCUCAGUAGUUUGAGCAAUCUCGCCUUCAAAGUAUUUGAGGAAAUGUUUAUCCAUGGCUAUGUACCUUCCCAUUUUACUUGUAACUGGUUGCUUUGUGUUCUAUACAAAGAGAACAAACUGCAUGAGGCUUCUAAGGUGUUUGAUAUGAUGCAUAAGAGAGGGAGGAUUCCAGAUGAAAUAGUAUGGAGACAGUUUGUUGAAACAUGUUAUAGGCGAGGGGAAUCUGACUUGGCUACCAUGAUCGUGGAAAAUUGCUUAUGAGGAUGAGUGCUACUUUAUCACAGAUGGUGUGAGACUUCCUCAAGGAUUGGUUUAAUGGAUUUCCAUUGAGGCUGUGGGGAUGGGUGACAGAGAAAAUAGAAGCCAAGACCAAGGGACAAGGGAAAAACACGAGAAUCAAAUUACUGGGAGAUAUGAGACUUCAGUGGGUAGAACAACUUCCUCUUUCUCAACCUCUGUGAUUUGUGGACUCAGUUGCUGCCGCUUAAGAUCUCAGCAUUUUCAGGUACAAUAGAGUGAUCCGAAGGUUUUGGGUAAUGCCAAUUUGGGAUUGGGAACAGAUGAGAAGGCCAUAAUCUCUAUAAUUGGAUAUAGAAAUGCAGUUCAAAGGAAGCAAAUCAGACAGGCUUAUGAGGAGAAUUAUCAGGAGGAUCUCAUCAAACGCUUUGAAUCUGAACUUUCUG